AAAAAAAUUGCCUCGGGAAGAAACAUCGUCGCAGGCAUUUAUCUAUUAGCAGUCACGAAUAUAGAUAAACAAACACACACAAAAUAGACGUGCACACGGAUACACAAUCACGUUUACACGCACACCAAAGCAGCUCACUUCUCCCUCCCUCAAAACUAAAUAAAAAAGGAAGAAAAUAGUUGAGAGGUUUGCUAAUGAUCGGGUACACACCAGUCAAUUAAAGUGUCGACACCCCCACACCCUGCAGCGAGAUAAAAGCUGCCGAGCUCUUGCUUCUAAAACUUCGGCAACAUGUCGGUCAAUGUGAUGUUUAAUGCCGAGUCUGUCGGAAAAAGGUUCUGCCUCUAAGCAUGCAGACCGUGCUGAAGGAUUUGUACCUACUGUACGACAUCACCACAAACACUCACAACUCAACAGACAACAGCAAUGUCGACUUUCCAGAGGGAUGCAUACCCGUGAUAACCACCGACCACCCGGAGGACCCUAUCACCCACGCCACCGAGCAGUUGAUCGCCAAGGUGCGGGGGGUCAGCCUCAUGCCUGUCCUCUUCGUAUUCGGGGUGGCGGGUACCUGCACCAGCAUCGCUUCCUUCUACAAGCAGGGCCUCAACCACCGGAUCAACCUGUGUCUGUUCAGCCUCGAAACAGUAAACUUCAUCAACGUCGCCUAUCUCUUCCUCCUUAACGUCGACAGCUUGUAUCGGCCAAUCGACGACGGUCUCUACGGUGUCGUCUUCGCUCACAUCGUCAACAGCAAGAUGCUGGGGAUGCUGGGAUUCAUGUAUGGCACCAUGUACCUGUCGGCUCUGGUUGCCUGGGAACGCUGUCUGACCGUGUUGUUUCCCUUGCAUUCCAAGUCUCUACUCAGCAUCAGAACCAUGGCCAUCCUCAUUCUCCUCGGCUCUGUCAUCACCAUUCUUCCUUUCUUCUUUGUCGCCGCGUGGUACGAGGCAGUCUGCUUUUACGAUCUCGUAAACAAAAGAUCGACGAUAGGAGUCUCAAUUAACGAAAUGUAUUUUGAGCAUAAAGCAAUAAUAAGUAGUGUGGAAGGUAUUUAUUAUGGCAUCAUAUUGUCUCUCGGCAUACCCAUCGUCGUGCUCAUCGCGACCAUCAUCACCGGUGUCAAACUAAGACAAACAGUCAGCUUUCGCAAGCAAACGUCGUCUGUUGACGGCGGGAAAGAAACGGCUGUGACGAAAAUGUUGUUAGUUUUGUCAGUCGUGUUCCUCGUCACUUCCAUUCCCAAUAUCAUCGUUAGAGUUAUCCCCCUCUUCGAACCGGAAGUACGCGCCGACGGUCGCUACAAAAACUCCUUUCUUGUUCUUGUGAGUGGCACUGAGGUCGGCAGCAUCAUGUACAGUUGUGUCAACUUCUUUAUUUAUUAUUUUGCCGGAACCAAAUAUCGACAAACUGUUCACGAGCUUUAUGGCUGCAGUCGCUUGAAAAAGUUGUUUACCAAAUAACUGGGACUAGGCGCAGACCUUCAAUAUCCCCCAUGGUGCCAAAUGUUAAAACAAAUUAUUCAAUCAUCAUUUGUCGUUGAUAAUUGUUUACUUCUGUUAAAAUCCACGAACCGGUAUCACUUUAAUGGUGGUAGGAAGACUCAUUUCUUAACCUCAGGUUCUUGAUGCGCUGUCAUUCAAACAUUCCGUCCUGUAAAAGAAUUAAUUAACGGAUUCCAGAUGACACGAGUCCACUGUCAUGUGUUCAAAACCCAGCAAAGCUCUGUGUACGAAAGAAACUUUUUCAGUAGUCUUUGUCUAGUUUCACUUAACAUGACACGACAACGAAAAUCUUUCAUUCUCAUUGUUUUCUGUUAAAAUUAAACUGAAGAGAUAGAGAAAAGUUUCAAGAUGUAGUAGAUGAAAUAUUUCAGCUGCUGGGAUGAUUCGUUCAGACUUGCAGAUCAUACAGGUGAGAGAAGCAGCCUUCAGUAUUCACUAGCUUUGUCAAUGUGUUUGACUCUGAGGUUGAGAAUUCGUGGGUAUAUAAAAUUCCACCCAGCAUUAACUGGGGGAGUCUAAAAGGCAGCGGGGGGAUUCUGUACCCUCCACACUUCCCCACUUUCCCGGGUAGGAUGUAUACUGUAACAAUUCUGAGGAACAAAAACAAACAGAGAGAAUCAUCGUUGUUAGUGAAGUGUCACAUACAGGAGGACAUCCCACAGCCUGGUGGUUGGCCUGAUGGAGUCUGAGUGACAUUAUCUAGCAUGAAGAUGAUAUACAGUAUCUACAUUUGUAGUGUUGACUAAGCAGGUGAGGAUGGACACGUUGAGAUUGUCAAAACGCACAUGUAUAUUUUUAGCUGUAGUAAGCUGAGUAAUAUUGUGUAAUGUAAGUAAUGAU